AUUAUCGAAACCGAAACUUUUUCGGUAGUGUGGUGGUUGCCCCAUGAAGUACAGCAGGUAGAAGCAACAUGCCCCACUGCUGUGCCUGAAGGAAGUGAUCAAAACCCCUCCAUUAGCUAAGAGACUUUUACGUGGUGACGUUGACUUUAACUAUGACAAAGAUCAUGCAUUAGUUGACUUUAUCCAUGACAAAGAUCAUGCAUUAGUUGGAUACGGCCCAUCAAAUGUAUACUUUAGUGGUUGACAUUUGUCCACAAGUCCACUUAAGUGAAUCCUCAUGCUUUAAAAGGCCUAGCAUUCCUUGAAAGAAAAUUCACAUGCUUCCAGCGCCGUUUGCUCAAUUCUUCGAUGGCAAGAGGCGGAGAUGAAUCGGAGGCCAAUUGGGUCGGGGAGUGGCUCAACGACAACACUCGUUCUCUAUUUAUCGCGGGGGAGGGGCACGGCCCGGGGGACUCAGCCUUUCGGGCAGCUGAAAUGUGUUGCAGGGUUUCGACACCAGAGAUGAGUUUAGCGAGCAAGUUGGACAGCAAGUACACGCUGCGGAUGAAGAUGUGCGGUACCGGGCUGGCUGACGACGGCUACAAGUGGAGAAAAUAUGGUCAGAAAUCUAUCAAGAACAGUCCCAAUCCAAGGAGUUACUACAAAUGCACUAACCCGCGAUGCAGUGCCAAGAAGCAAGUAGAGAGGUCCUCAGAAGAUCCCGAGAUGCUUAUCGUAACAUACGAAGGUCUCCACCUCCAUUAUACUGCACAAUUCCUGCUGUCUCAGACCCAGGACUAUUUCACCUACACCGCGAAGAAGCCCAAGUGCACGACAAUCCUACAGCCUGAUGUUCCGAUGUAUCAGUCGCUAGGAACAGACCAAAGAGGGCCAAACGAUGAACUUGAACGGAGUACAAAGAAUGCUGCAGACGACAGAAUGCAGAAUUGUAUACUUGAAGAUGUCGUGCAUAGAUCACAAGGCCUAUUGGAAGAUGUUGUGCCCUUGUUGGUGCGGAAGCCAGUCGUCUCAGCCGCAUCGUCAGAGGAUCAUAAUCUCUCGACGCGGUCUCCAUCUUCGACGCGAUCUUGGAGCCCUGUCUCCUCUUAUCUUGAUAUGAAUAUCUUUUCCAGCAUCCUGUGAGCAGUGAACAACCAGAUGCAAGCAAGUUCAACUUCAAAUUAUAUCGAAAUUCGAUAUGAAUUGGAUCAGGAUAUCGAUAUCUGCUAUGGUAGAAUGUUCUUACUUCCAUUUUCGAUGUAAUAGUUGGAUGUAGGAAGAUGUUCAAUAUGCAUGUAUAAACCUGAUAAGCGAGAUCUUGUUUGAUAUA